AUGUCAGUGAGUUUCCUUAUUACUCAAUUAUUUAUUAGACACGAUGCAUUUGUACCAAAUGUAAUUGUAUUAACUUUUGCACCAAUGAUGUUACUAUUUUAUUCGUUUUAUAAAUAUUUGUUCUAUGAAGAAACUCCAAAACAGUCGUUUAUUUUUUAUUUACUAGAAGGAAUUAUUGAAGGGGGGUCACAGGGGAUUGCAUUAAUAAUUUUAGUUUUCUUUUAUGAAAAUACACAACAAUAUAUUACUAUGUUAUAUAUUGAGUUAGUAUCAUUUGUACCAUUUAUUUGUUAUUCAAUGCCUAAGUUAAAGAGCUGUAAAUUAAAUGGAAUUAUAUUAUUGAUAUCAUCAAUAUUUCCAAUUGUAACUGCAGUUAUAAUUAGUAUUCAUUAUAGGUUUUAUUGGCAAAUUAUUACAGUCGAUCUUUUGUUUGUUGCUCCUUAUUGGAGGUCAUACUUAACAGGGGUGUCUGGGGGUUAUAUAACACAAAUAGAGAAACAUCGUUAUUUUACUUCAUUUAUUAGAGAGUUAACAAAAAUUAUUGGUUUAAUAGUAGGUUGUUGUUUUGUGUAUUACACUAAUCAAAUUAAUCCAACUGAACGUUGGUUGAUCAAUCAAAUUUAUCUGCUUCCAUUAUAUUGCAGUUUAUUGAUUCCUUUUAUACUUCAAAUUACUAUUUCUUGGGGAAUGAAGGCUGCUCUUCCAAUUACAACAGCAACAUUACCAAUGAUAAUAUCAAUUAUUAUAGCUCUCUUACUCUAUCUUUCAACAUGUCAUUGGUAUUGGAUACCUGAAAUUUUUGAGGGGAUGUGUAUUUAUUAUGCAGGAGAUACUGACUGGUGGUUUGUUGGAUGUUUUAUUGGAGUAUUUGUUUCAUGUUGCUUAUUUUGUAAAAGACUUGUUGAACAAAAGAGGUAUAUAAAUAAAACAAGAGAUGUAUGGAGUAUUCCUGAUGUUUGUUGUAUUUCAUUUUCGAAUUCAUUAUUAUUGAAUAGAAGAACUGAUGAAAUUAUUCAAAAUGAAAUGAGGGGAAGUGAUGAGGAUACAUUUAAAACAAAAAGAAUAGUUAUAUGCGCUACUAUGUACCAUGAAACAGAAGCUGAGAUGACUCAACUAAUAAAGUCAUUCAAACGACUAGAUAACAUACCCUCAUCUAAAGACCAUAUUGUAUUUUGUAUUAUAUUUGAUGAUUCAUGUACGGUUGACAGACUAACAUUAUAUUUCAAUUUAUUUGCUGAACAAAUUAUACGAUUAUUAUAUCAGGAACGAGUAAAAAUGGAAUAUAAAGUUCAAUGGUUUGGUGCAAUUGCUUUAGGGGUUUUUAAGAAUGGAACAUCAUUAACAAUAUUAUUUAAAGACUCUCAUUUAAUAAAGAAAAAUAAACGGUAUAGUCAGUUGAUGUUAUUUAAUUACGCAAUCAAAACUUAUGGGAAAGAAGAUACAUUUAUUCUAUUUACUGAUGGAGAUACGUAUUUUUCUCCUUCUUCAGUAAGGAAAUUAUGUCUUGAAAUAUCAUCUAACCCAAGAUGUGGUGCAAUUUCUGGGAGAAUAUAUCCUGAUGGAAAGGGGGUUUGGGCAUCCUUUCAAAAGUUUGAAUAUGCGACAAGUCAUUGGUUACAGAAACCAGCAGAGGAAUUACUGGGGUCUGUUUUAUGUUGUCCUGGUUGUUUUACUUUACUUCGUCUUGAAGCAAUUUAUGAAGACAAUUUAAGAGAUAAAAGAAUAUUUGACAAAUAUUCAGAACCACCUCAAAGUAGUAUAGGUAUUUUAACUCAUAACUUUGGUGAAGAUAGGUGGUUAUCAUAUCUUCUUAUUGAAAAAGGAUGGGAAUUAAAGUAUUGUUCUAUCACUAAAUCGAAAUCUUAUUGUCCUACUACAACACAAGAAUUCUUUAAUCAAAGAAGAAGAUGGUUGACUUCUACUUGGGCUAAUCUUGUUAUGAUUAUCAAAAAUUGGAUGAGAAUUAAACGAAAUAAUAAAAAAAUUUCAACUGGAUUUAUGAUAUAUACCUUUCUCAAUUUUAUUUCAUCUUUCACUACUCCUCCUACUACUUUAUUGUUAAUUUAUGGACUUUUAGUCAAUUUAGAGAUUCCAUAUACUCAAGUUAUUGCUUUAGCACUUUCUGUCUUUCCUGUAUUAAUAUUUUUAAUUAUUGAAGUUGUUGUUCAUUAUCUACCUGCACCAUCCUUUGAAAUAUGGUGUAUUAAUAUUAUUAGUGGUAUCUAUGGAAUAGAGAUGUUAUUGGUUAUUGUUAAUUUAAUUUAUUCUUUGAUAACUAUUCAACAAAUAUCAAUAAAUUUGAUCUUCUGUGGAGCCUUAGUUAUUGUUUAUGUAAUUACAAUUGUUCUUCAUUGUGAAUUUAAUCGAAUUGUCGGAGGAAUAAUAACAAUUUUCCUUAUACCAACAACAAAUAUAUUAUUAAUAAUAUACUCUUUUAUGCAUAUGUCUGAUGUAUCAUGGGGGACAAGAGAACAACAUUAUGAAGGUACUUUACAAAAGAUUGUUUAUGCACAAAAUUCAGACAUUAAUUAUAUUGAUCAAAUAUCCAUAUUUACACCAGAGUCUUCUACUGAAAAACACAAUAAAAAGAUGAGAAGCAAAUUGAAGAAAACUCAAUUUAUUACUAUCCUUCUCUUCUUCUUCACAAGUUUGUGUUGGAUUAUUCUUUCUCUUUUGUUAAUGUUUUUAGAUUAUCAAUACCAUUUAAAGAUUAUUGGAAUUUCAUUUUCUUUUAUGAUUGUACCAACAUGUUUGACUAUUCUUUUAGUUGGAGUACAGUUUAUUUGUAUGAUGUUUCAUAGAAUAGAUUCGUUGGCAUUCAUCCUUUCCCAUUCAGAGUAA